AUGUUCUCCUUCCUCAAAUCUCUGGUAGAAUGCAUUGGACGAUGCCCUUGCCUUGAUUUUGACAUCACCACGGGCAAAGGAAAGACUUGGUGGAACUUCAGGAAAACAUGCUUCCUCAUUGUGGAGCACAACUACUUUGAGACCUUUAUCAUCUUCAUGAUCCUGAUGAGUAGUGGAUCUUUGGUGAGAUAGAGUGAUGCCUUCUUUCAGUACAAUACAAAUACCAACAUACAAUACCAUAAUCUUUUGCUAAAUUCUUCACAGGCUUUUGAAGACAUAUACAUUGAACAGCGCAGGACCAUAAAAAUCAUCCUGGAAUAUGCUGAUCAAGUCUUCACCUACGUGUUCAUUAUUGAGAUGCUCCUGAAGUGGGUGGCUUACGGAUUCCAGGCCUACUUCACAAACGCAUGGUGCUGGCUGGACUUCCUCAUUGUGGAUGUAAGUCAAAGUAAUAACUCCAGUCCAUCUGUGUAGUGCAUCCUCGUCAUAAUAAGCUAUAUUAUAUUUUAUCAACAUUUAUAAGUAAUAUUUAAUCAAAAUAAAUGAUCAAUAUUUCAGUUCAUUUGAGAAAGCUAAUCUUCACAUGUUGUUGUCACAUCCCAAAUCUCCUAGGUGUCUUUGAUUAGCUUAAUGGCUAACAUCCUGGGCUACGCUGAACUUGGACCAAUCAAAUCUCUUCGAACGCUAAGGGCUUUGCGGCCCCUCCGCGCCCUGUCCAGAUUUGAGGGAAUGAGGGUGAGUAGUCUUUCACAAGUCGAGAAAACCGAAACAAGAGAGGUGGUGUAUUUGAUGAGUCCCAAACAUGUAAAUCUGUGGCCCUAGAAAUGAAAUGCAUUUGCUGAUACAUUUUCGAGAAUUGAUCAACAAUCCAAAGAGUAUUUCAUUCCAUUGAGUCUCAGCAGUUCAACAUCAAUCCAUUUUUACAUAUUAUACAAGCUCUGCUUUUACUAGGGAUUUGAUUUGCAGGUUUUCUCAAAUUUGGACACGUGAUUUCCUUUCCACAGGUGGUGGUGAAUGCUCUGGUGGGGGCCAUUCCUUCCAUCUUUAAUGUGCUUCUAGUGUGCCUCAUCUUCUGGCUCGUCUUCAGCAUCAUGGGAGUCAACCUGUUUGCUGGGAAGUACUACUUCUGCUUCAACACCACCGCUGUGGAGAGGUUCUCUGCUGACAUUGUGAAUAACAAGACUGAAUGCUAUCAACUAAUGAUGGAGGGUAAUGACGAGGUGCGCUGGAUGAACGCAAAGGUCAACUAUGACAACGUGCCCAUGGGCUACCUCUCUCUCCUGCAAGUAGUGAGUUUCAAAACAGUUUGCUUACUAAUCAUGUAGCCUACUACCGUUGUAUAGUUGAAGUUGUUUAAAGUGGUAAUACGGGUGUUGGCCUGUGUUACAUAUACACACCCUACUGUAUCUUACAGGAUACCUUUUUUCUCUCAUGUCCAGGCAACAUUUAAAGGAUGGUUGGAAAUAAUGUAUGGAGCUGUGGAUUCACGUUUUGUAAGACAAUUCCUUCUUUAUACUGUAAUAAUAAUUAGAAACUUUGAGAUGAGUAUGAAAACAAACUCAUUUCUUAUUAUUUUAUACUCUCUGUUCCAACAAGGUGGAAGACCAGCCCAUAUUUGAGGAUAGUGUUUACAUGUACAUCUACUUUGUCAUAUUCAUCAUAUUUGGGUGCUUCUUCACCCUGAAUCUCUUCAUUGGUGUCAUUAUCGACAACUUCAACCAACAAAAGAAGAAGAUAAGUAGCCUUCCUGCAGCCUAAUAUCACUAAAUACCAAACACAACAAGCUAUUUCUAAAACAUGUUAUCACAACAAGACUAUACACAUAUAAAUUACAAGUAUUUUAGGUCAAUGACAUGCACAUGAAAAUAACUGUAUGUCUCUAUACUUUGGAGGGAAAGAUAUUUUCAUGACAGAGGAACAGAAGAAAUACUACAAUGCCAUGAGAAAGCUUGGUUCCAAGAAGCCACAGAAACCCAUUCCUAGACCCCAGGUAAGCACCUGCUUGGAUUACUGGAAAGUUGCCUGAAGAUGUAGAACAAAAGAGUGUGUAUUCCAUAGCAUCUACUGUACUACGUGACCGGCCCUUACACAUCAUUUACUUGACAGUAUUCUUAGUUCAAAUACAAGUGCAUCAUCACCAAUGUUUAAGAGGAAAACAUUCAGCUAAAUACAGUACCACUCAAUGAAAAGGUAUUGGCAAGACUUUAUCACUAUCUGCUCUUGUCCACUUCUGUUCCUCCCUUAUGAAGAUAUCUUUCCCUCCAAAGUAUAGAGACAUACUGUUACUUUCAUGUGCAUGUCAUUGACCUAACAUACCUCUAAUUCAGUCUGUUUUUUCCUCUCCUUCUCUUGGUCUCUAUUGAUUGGCGGUUGAAGAACAAAUUCGCAGGCAUUAUCUUCGACCUGAUCACCCAACAAUUCUUCGACAUCUUCAUUAUGGUGCUGAUCUGCCUCAACAUGGUAACGAUGAUGGUGGAGACGGAUGACCAGAGCAUGGAGAAGGAGGAAAUCCUCUACCUCCUCAACCUGGUGUUUAUCAUCAUCUUCACCACAGAGUGUAUCCUCAAAUUGAUCGCACUGCGACAAUAUUUUUUCUCAGUCGGAUGUAAUAUUUUGGAUUUUGUCGUCGUCAUUCUCUCCAUCGUUGGUGAAUAUGAAGAAAUUAUUGUAUUCGUUAGUCGUAUAGCUACAGAAUGUUUUAUUUUUGCUGAAAUGAAACAUGAUUGAAGAACAUAGUAAUAAUAAUGAAAACUAAAACAUUUAUAUUUUCUUUCCAUUCCAGGUAUUCUGCAGGCGGACAUCAUAGGGAAGUAUUUUGUCUCACCUACCCUUUUCUGUGUCCUAAGACUGGCCAGGAUUGGUCGAAUUCUGAGACUCAUCCGAGGAGCUAAAGGCAUCCGGACACUGAUGUUUGCCCUGAUGAUGUCACUUCCUGCUCUCUUCAACAUUGGGCUCCUGCUCUUCCUCAUCAUGUUUAUCUACUCCAUUUUCGGAAUGUCCAACUUUGCGUAUGUCAAGAAAGAGGCCGGAAUAGACGAUAUGUUAAAUUUUGAAACUUUUGGCAACAGUAUCAUUUGUCUGUUCAUGAUCACAACCUCAGCCGGUUGGGAUAGUCUCCUCUCACCCAUUCUGAAUAGUGGACCUCCGGACUGUGACCCGUACGUGGUAAAUCCUGGCACAGAUGUAAGAGGAAACUGUGUCAACCCUGGUUUGGGAAUUUUUUUUUUCUGCAGCUACAUCAUCAUGUGUUUCCUUGUUGUGGUCAACAUGUACAUUGCCAUUAUCCUUGAGAACUUCAAUGUGGCCACAGAGGAGAGUGGCGACCCUCUGUGUGAAGAAGACUUCGAGAUGUUCUACGAGACCUGGGAGAAGUUCGACCCUGACGCUUCACAAUUCAUUGCCUACGACAUUUUGUCGGAGUUCUGUGACACGCUUAAAGACCCGCUCAGGAUCCCCAAACCCAACACAAUCAAGCUGAUCACCAUGGACCUUCCCAUUGUCCCUGGGGAUAAGAUCCACUGUCUGGACAUCCUGCUGGCACUGACCACAGAGGUGCUGGGAGAGUCAGGGGAGAUGGACGCCAUGAAGGAGAGCAUGGAGGAGAAGUUCAUGGCCAACAACCCCUCUAAAGUGUCAUACGAGCCAAUCACCACCACCCUGAGGCGAAAGCGGGAGGAGGUAGCAGCUGUUGUUAUUCAGAGAGCCUAUCGUAAGCAUCUGCUGAGACGUUCGAUGAAACUCGCUUCCUACAAGUACUGCGAAAAGAACGAGUUAACCAAGGAGGACGAAGCACCGCCAGAGAAGGAGGGAAUGAUUGCCAUCAGGAUGAGCAAACUGUAUGGAAGCCAACAAUUACUCAGAGGGGAUGAAACUGUUGUAGAAGUGGAUUCUUUUGAAAAACGGGACAGCAAAGAACUGACAGAGACACAACCUCCUGAGGAGACUACUGAGGAGCCACCGCCUGUUGAGCUUCAGAACGAGAUCAUCUUGCGCUCUGCCCCCUUUGUCAUCCCUGCCUCAAUCCAUAACUCACAGCUGAAAGAGUCCGAUGUUUGAAUAACUAGUGCAAACAAUGGAUAAAAACUGCAUUAUCAUGGUGCCAUUCUGCCUUUGACGAUGAGACUGCUUGUUCAUCUCCAAAGUCCAACUUUGGUAUGCUUGGCUUGGGUCAAAGACAGGGUUCUCGCUAACUAAGUCUCUGAGGGACACAUUGAGCCCAGCCCACUGAAUCAGUGAUUGCACAGAGAUGAUGAUAUAACGAAUAUAGCAGUCAAUUUAAUUGAUGUUGAUGAUGAUAACCUGGAAUGUAUUGACUGAGAAAUCAUGGCUAUUGUUGGCAAGACAAUAACCAAAGCCUGAGCUGAAAGUUUGGGCCCAUUUAUGGAUGCAAGCCCAGUUGUGGUAGCAGACCCCUUAUAAUAUAUAGUUGAGAUCAAUUGAGAAUUAAAUAACCUAAGAGAUAGGUAGCAAUGUAUAAAAUGAUAAUAAGUCAAUAAAACUCCAUCUCACCAGAGAGUAGGGACCUGACUCCUAUGGUUUUGCUCUUAACAGAAAAACAUACUUUUCAGUGCCCUGAAAGUAAUUGAAUAAAUAUGUUCCUUUUCGUAUUUUUAAUGCCUUUUUUAUUCAAGAUGUAUUCUUCAAGUCAAAUCUGCACUUACAGUAUUCAAUUGCAACAAAAAAGGCCAACAAUUGUCAUGCGUCAGUGUGUAGCGGUAGGAAGGAGUCAGGCGCAGGACACUGAACUUAGUAAACAACGUACUUUACUUAACAAAAGUAACAGAGCAUAUCUUCCACGCAGGGAAGAAAAAAUACCAGCUCACAAGAAAGACAGCAAAACAACGAACAAUCACGCACAACACCAUGAGGAAACCAGAGGGUAAAAUAGGGAAACAAAUUAACAUGAUGGGAAUCAGGUGUGUGCAAUCAAAACAAAACAAGUGGAACACAGAAACAUAGAUCGGUGGCAGCUAGUACUCCGGUAAUGACGAAUGCCGAAGCCUGCCCGAGCAAGGAGGAGGGGCAGCCUCGGCUGAAUUCGUGACAACAAUAUUUUCAGCUGUAUCUUCAAAGUUUAAAUAUGACUCCAAAAACAGGAUUCUCAAAAAGUAUUAUAGUUUUUUCAUAUGGAAUCUGACUUUUGGUACAUCUGUCAUUUUAAUCUAAACUUUUAUGACUGCCCUAUCAUUUUCCAAAUACCAGUACAAGAAUGUCAAAUAAAAAUGUUAAAUAUAUUUUUCAGUGAAUACAAUUGUAUUUUUCAAAAGUUAUUAUUUGUCUGGAGUUUGGUUUGACAUAUUUGGCCAACACUUUUGUGUGUUCAUUUUAAGGUAUUAAAGCAAAUACUCACACUGGGAUGUACAGUAUAUACAAAGUAUUUUAUAAAUUUUUUAACCAAAAUAUAUUUUAUAUGACCUGUGCCUUUAACAGAUGAAAAUGACAAAAAGCUUUAAUGAAGAAACAGAUUUAGAAAACAGACAGAGAAAUUAUUUGCAUUUGCAAUAAUUAACUAAUUCUGCUGACUAACACAAUAAUGUGUCAAAUUUGUAUAAAGUCUGUUUUUGUUAUUGUCGAUUUUCUUAAUUUUCUGUAUAUUUCCAUUGAUUUUAUUGUUAAGGAAACUAACUAUUUUUAAUUUUUUAUCACUGUAGUAACACAAGUAACCUCCUGUAGUAACACAAGUACUGUAGUAACACAAGUAACCUCCUGUAGUAACACAAGUACUGUAGUAACACAAGUAACCUCCUGUAGUAACACAAGUACUGUAGUAACACAAGUAACCUCCUGUAGUAACACAAGUACUGUAGUAACACAAGUAACCUCCUGUAGUAACACAAGUACUGUAGUAACACAAGUACUACUAACAGUGUUCGGUUUUUAAUCUGCAAUUAUUUAUGGUAUUAAGCAGUAUGAUGAUAGAAAUUAAUAAUUACAUAUUUUCACAAUAGGUGCACAUACUGAAAAUGUACUGGUCAGUUUAUUGGAACAUGGGACUUGUAACACCAGAGUUGUUGUUUUGAUUUUCACAAGGGGCACAUACUAUAUGUGUUAACUGAGUCGCUUCGGAUAAAAGCUUCAGCUAAAAUGACCAUACAAGUCUUAACACAGAAAUGUCUUAAUCAUGGGAAUACAGUAGGAAAGCACUUUGAAACAUAAUUGGUACUGGAGAAUGAAGCCUUGUUAGGAAUGCAGUUUAUUAAUUAAAAAGUAUGAUGUUAACUACUUUUUAAUUAUACUGUAAUAUCAAUCUCACCUAAAUGUGUGUACAGUAUCUUACACAAUCUCUGUCUGGAGAGGCAUAUUUGACUAUUGAUACUAAUAUACUUCGAUAAGCACAAUCAAGCACACUGCAAGUUCUUUGGAAACUGGUAUGAGAAAGGCAUGGAUUAAUUACCAAAGCAUGGAACCGCCUUGAGUUACUACUACAAUUCUUAACUGCACCAUCAAAUUUGUGUCUGUUUGUGUUUUGAAAACAAUGUGUGGAGGAUAACUUAGAUAACAUAAAUACAUUUUCUAUUUAUUUCAGUGAUUCACUAAUUCUAAUCAGUUAGUACUUCAUUACAAGGGGUCUUGAGUUUGAAUUAAGGACGAAUACUAAGUUAGCAACUGCUUACUUUUGUACAAGAUCUUCCAUGUUUGUUAAGCCAAGUGUGCCUAUUUGUAAGUGCUACCUACAACAGCAGUUCAUGCAAAGGGAGAAGGGUUUGCCUCUAAAUCAUGUUCUAUGCACUGUGUGAACAUUCAAGUAGAGGACCUUGGAAUUGUGAAAUGUCAAUUAUAUAGAUAUCAUGCACCAUUAUUUACAAAACUAAUACGUUGUGAAAGAGAUUGAGAAGGAAGCUUAUAUUGUAUUUUUUCGGAGACUGUGGCCUGUAAAUAUUGUAUGUUCAAUGCUCUAUUCUGGAGGUUUUUGUAGAUUGUAAUCCUUUGUAUUAUCGAUAUAAAGAGCAUUUAAUUCAUGUAAUGAUAAACUAUAAAUGCAAAUACACAGCAGUACAUUUUAUGCUUUACAGCUUUACUUUCUAACAAUUCUAAUACAUUUCAAAUAAAAAACAAAGAUGUGUUUGGGUGCUCUGCCAGUUGAAUUGUAUUACACAAAUAUUUUGGAGGGAUCUUUAUGAUGUAUUUGUUCACAUGCAUACUGUAUAUGCCAUCUGCUGGACAACUAUACAAGUCACAACUUGCCUGCCAGUAAUGAGUAGCUUUCAGUUAUUUCACUUUUACCAGUCAUGACACCUUUGUUCCCAGUUAUGAUCAAUAACAAUUUCCAGAUGUUUUUCCAGAUGUUUUCCCCCUGGAGUACAAGAGUAUACGUAAUCCCUUAAGCAUUUGUGAAUUCUGAGAUUUAGAUUUUGUUCAUCUUUCUAUUUCCUGUGGGCGGUCCUUAACCAGCAGUCAGAUAUCUAUUUAAACCUUAUAGUGUUAGGACUUAGUUCACAGUCCAUAAAUACUCUCUCACCUUAUUAUCGUGCCUCAAAGACAUCAAUUAGAUAGAUCUCACAGCCAUACCAUAGUUUAGUCUGUCAUGUAAAAGACUUCCAGUUUACAGGAUAUCAUGCACUAAAUAUUGUCAAAUUCCCUCAUUCUACUGUCGGUAAGGCCUGAAUACAGUACAGUAAAUAGCUAAACAACUUCUUUCUUCAAUGAUGAAUGUAUAAUUCAACUCAAGAGAAACAGAAUUUAUCAUUAAAACAGUGGUAGAACAUUUAGUUUGUUUCCUGCCAACGCUAUCAAUGCAGCAUUCCGUUUAAAAAACAAAACAGAGCGCUGUGUUACAAGUGCUGAACUUUGGUUGUGUUCACUUCACAUGAAAAACAUUAAGCUGUGCCUUCAGGACGUCUCACCCAGCAGGCAUUUGACUGCAGCAGCAGCAGUACUGUAAUCAGAACCCAUUGGGUUUGGAGCAUUUGCCCUCUAAUACCAAAGCACAACCCCUCCCCUCUUCCCCAGACACAUGCAUGAGCACACACACACACACACACACACACACACACACACACACACACACACACACACACACACACACACUAUCUCUCUUUUGGUCUCUCUCUUUAACCAGGCCCUUCCUUUAGGAGAGCGGUGGGGGCAAUGGGGCCUCUGGCUGGAGGUGUCUGCCGGACUAUUCCUCUCCGAAUUCCAAGUUUACGGCACAAGUCAGGGGUCAUCAGUGCAUAACGACCUUAAGCGUGGUCUGUGUGUUCUACAUGUCUCUCUUUAGUUUGCAGGACCAGGAGUGA